UAUUUAGCCAACGGCCUUUGUUUAAACACCAUUAUUUUGUAACUACGCCAUACAGGUAUGCGCCGUUGCCUCUUCUUUUAUUGUUCCUACAAAUUUUCCAGAGACAGAGAGAACAAAAAUGAUCAUGGUUCUGUUCUGAUCGAUGUGAAUCUCCACAUUUUUUUUCUUCCUAUCCUACAAUACAAUGAUGGAUCCGGAUAUGUUUGCAGAAGAUCCCUUCUCUGUUGAGGAAUUCGACAUUGAUUUCGAAUUUGACGCACCUCGUUUUUAUGACUUCUCCAAACCAGAACUCGAUUCAGAAACAGAGCUUUGGUUUGAAUCAGCUGGAAACUAUCCUCCUUCACCAUUUAGUUUAAAUCUGAGUUGUGUAUUCGACGAUAAACAUCUCAAGAUUCCCAAACCCGUCUCUGAUAAAUACAACGGGUUCAUUCAUUACAACCAAACUGCUAAAGAUUUCUCCAAGACGAUACAAAGGUCUAAAACCAAACCUUUCUUACGAAAGAACUCGACUUUGACGAGACCAACUGCUUCUUUGUUGGCAAGACAGAACAAACCUCUUGACAUUUACUCUGUUCAGCUUCUCACAAGAUGUCAGAGAUCAUUAGGGAAGCUGGAAAGCAAGAUCUCCUCCUCUAUCUUAUUAUCAAUGCCUCAAACACAAGAUACCAAAAGGCAAAAACUUGAAACCGGCUUCUUGCGCAAGAUAUCACGGUUGGAGCAAACUCCAUUUGUACAUAAGGCUCCUAAGAAGGUAUCAAAAGUCACUGUUCCAAAAGAACCUAACCUUAAGACUGCCCAAAGAGCUGCAAGACAGAGGUUUAAGGCUAAUUCAGCACCCGAGCAGGUUGCGAGAUUUAGCUCUACAAUGAAUAAAACAGUUCAAGAAAGUUCCUUGACAUCUUUGCAUAAAAGGAAUACGCCUCGCUCUCAAGAUUUCCAGGGUUUUCAUCUAAGGACAUCUCUUAGAGCCAAGGAACGCUCUUCCAAUGCUAAAAAUGUACCCACUGAUGAUCCUACACACUCUCUAACGUCAAAGUCAGUUUGUUCUAGAAAAGAUAGGAAAGUCAAGAAAUCUUGCAGCUCAAAGACAACUAGUCAAGUUUAUGAAUAUAAGAUUAGCCAUCUAGAAACAAAGGUGAUGCAGGCAUCAAGAAAAUUUGGUGAAGCAAUGGAAAUCAAACAUGAAAACAACUUUCCGAGGGAAUUUGAAACUCCAAAGGAUAGACACUCCCAAGAUGAACCUUUUAUUGAAUCUCUUAGAAAACUAUGUCUCACUUCAGAUACUGAUUCAGUCGCAGUACUUUAA